AUGGCAGCGACCGAUAUUGAAUUCCGCCGGCGCUCAAAAGACGAUCUGCCGGCCCUGGUCGAGGCGCUAGAAGACGUCUACAGCACGGACGGCUACCCCAUAGAGGGCACAGCGACCGCGGUCUCCUUUCUCUCGCCGCCGGGUCUCGUCGCAGCAUGGGUCGCCGUCCACCGCGGCCUGGUUGUGGGUCAGAUAGCUGUCGUUGCCGGCGGACAGGGACACCACGCUGCAGUGCGGGCGUGGGUUGAUUCCGUCGGAAGCGGCGGUGAUGCCGGGGCUACAGUCGUGGCGGCGCGGUUCUUUAUACGCAAAUAUGCCAGGGGAUUCGGCCUCGGUCGUGCGCUGGUCGAAAAGACGUGCCAGUGGGCCAAGGACAAUGGCAAGAGAAUCGUCAUUAAUGUGCUCGCCAAGGAUCAAGACGCCAUGAAGCUCUAUGAAAAGCUUGGGUUUAGACGUUUCGGCGAGGGCGAAUAUGAAUAUCAUGAAGGGAAAAAAGCUACCCAAUACUUUUACGUGUAUUAA